AUGGCGAAGCCGCCAGCAACCAAGAAAAUCCCUUCGAAGAACAAAGACGGCUCAGACCGCAAGUCUCCUUCCUCUAUUUUCGGUCCGCACGCAAUCACACGAUACCUCUGCAUUCCGCAAACCGGCAACAUCACCGGCGUGGAGCUUACGGUGUUUCUUCCCGAGCUACUCCGAGCUCCCGGCGUCCUUUCUCGGUUCAUUGAGAAUGGUGCUGAUGCUCAAACUUUGGCCAGGAUCUCUGCAUGGUUUCGAGCCACAGUGAAAGAUCACCACACUCCCGCCACGGCUGCCAAUGCCAUGCGUCACAUAACUCAAGCGACCAUGCGCCGUUACCUUCAAGAAGAGAAAUGGACCGAGACUCGCCACAAGGCUGGUCGGUACAAGAAACCUGGGCAGGUUUGGGACCACGAGAACUUGACAUUCGCCGGCGUCCAGAAUUACUGCGAGGACAACACCAAGGAGGGCCGUCACAAGCGACCGCCUACCCCCAAUGUCCGUUUUGCAUUGCUAGCAGUUGAUGUCGUAGUCUUCCCCUCUGGCGACGACGGGCUAGACUUGACCCGAUGUGUCAGGGCAGCUGCAGCUAACGAGGACUUACCCUUAAUGUUUCCACGCGACUAUGGCUUCCUCACGUGGCUCUUAGAUGGCCCUCAGCUUGCGCGCCCUGCUAAUCAAGAUCGCGAACUCUUUAAUCGCUGGAGGCAGAAGGCGGCUACCGAACAGUAUCUUCAAAAAUAUGCAUCUACAAAGCAGUCUGCUCUUGAUGCUGUCUAUGACCCUAUGGAUAUGCCAAUACAAGAUUCUCAUGGCUUUGACGUCCCCUCCGCCAGUGGCAAUCAGUCACCCAACAACUCUCUUCUCGUCGACCUGCCUAUGAAAAACUCCACAGUCGACUUGGGAUGCACUCUGUCUGAGAUGGAUGAGGAUGACAUGGACAUGCUGUAUGUCAAGUGGCUCGUCGCUCACGGAACUUCUUAUCUUGAAACCAGUAAAGAGAUGACAAGUACCUCUGAAGUUGUGCGUCGUUAUCUCGAGCAUAAUCGCAGUAUCCAUGGCCCAUUACCACCCAUUUCAAAUGAAGCCUCCGCUAUGGUGCCUCCUUCUGACGCUCUCAACAAUGAGAUUCUCGGUGCUAGCUAUGGAUCAUGGCCUUCGUCUCCGAUGAAUUGGCAUGUCACUCACUACGACCACCCAGCUACGCCUUUUGAUGUUAACCGGAUUGACAUCGAGAUGAUGAGGUCUUCUAGCCAUGAGAUUACUGGUUAUAUCGGCCCAGAACACGGUAUGAGGUCUCCUCGAGUUGGCUCGGAACACACCGACUUUGAUUCAUUGGACGACGUCGGUUGCGCUUUCGCACAAGAGACACUUUGA